CUAUUUGCACGAUUGUUCUAUAUCUUUUUAUGACAAUUUCCGAUUUGAACCAGUACGAUAUACUCAUAUUAAGCUUAUGUGACAAAAUCAUUAACGAUAAAACAUAAAAUUAUUGGCAGUUACUUUGUUAGAGGUAUUAUUAGAAUGCUUUUCAGCUGAAUUAGCAGUACUUAUGUUUGCAUAAUUUAGUCAUACAGAGAUCUGUUUAUGUUGGAAGUAUUAAAAUAGUAAACAUGGCGAAAACUGGCUGAUGAUAAUUAGAUAAUAUUAACUGAAAUUUAAAUGAAUAGUUAUUAAAGCAUUGAUGUUUUGAUUUUUAUAUUUAAAUAUCAGAAACUAUUGAAUAAAAUCAACUAUUUUAGAAAAGCAUAAUAAACUAAUGUAAAAAAUCAACAAUAAUAUUUUCUCAAACACAUCAAGGACUCCAGUGGUUUUACUUCAUCAUACAACCGAGUCGUUCCGCAACUGGUUUCAAUAAUUAUUGAAGUAAAAAAGUAGUACUUUUUAUGGGUUUGAUAUUACUAUGCCGUACUGUUUAAUGAAAUCUAUAAUAAGAUGCCGACGAAAUGAUCGUUUUCAUGCAGGAGUGUUCAAAGUAGAUCAUAAUUUACCAUCAACAUCUUCACAAUCAACACCGAGUGUUCUGAAAAAAGAAAAUAAAUCUAAAUCUAUCAAAAGAAGUAAUGUGGAUCAUAAUUACUCACAGCUUUCCAUCAUGACACGAUAUAAUUUCAGUAAAAACAACAGUCAGUACAGUGAUAUAAUGUCUUCAAGAUACGGUUUACACUUCAUUAAUGCCGAAACUGUUUAUCAUAACUCGCCAUUAGACAAUAUGACGGCCACAUGUAACAGCAAAAACUUUUAUGAGCGUCAUCAGGAUUUACAGACUUGUAAAAUUAAUCCGGAACUAAUUACAUUGAAUAAAGCAUACCCUAAUGACAUUAAUCAUCCGCUCAAUCUUGAAGUAAGCCCGGAAAAGAAAGAUUUAUUAUAUAGGAAAAACUCCAACCAUGUUGAUGAGAACUGGAAGAAACAUAAGGUUCUACAUUACUGCCCUUACUGUCACAAAAGCUUUGAUCGUCCAUGGGUAUUAAAAGGUCACCUUAGACUGCAUACAGGAGAGAGACCUUUUGAAUGUCCAGUAUGCCAUAAAUCUUUUGCUGAUAGAUCAAACUUAAGAGCUCAUCAAAGAACUAGAAAUCAUCAUGAAUGGCAAUGGAGAUGUGAAGUUUGUUUUAAAGCUUUUUCACAAAGAAGAUAUCUAGAACGUCAUUGUCCAGAAGCUUGUAGAAAAUAUCGAAUGUCUCAAAAGAAGGAAUGUGCAUAGCAUGUAUAUUGUCAAAAGUAAAGUUAAUCAAACUAUUUUGUAUGGAAGUUUAAUGAAGAAAUAUGAUUGUUCUUUCAAACAAUUGUCUAUAAUGUAAUUUGGAAAAUUGCCGUAAUGUAUGUUGAAAUUCAAAAUUAAUUACAAAUAGUUGGUAUAUUUUACUUAAUUUCUAAAAAUAGUUUAACAAAGGAUGAAAAACUUGUAGUGAUUCAAGUACCACGAAAUCUAUGGGAAAGAAAUUGUUGUAAAUCUAAAGAGAAAUUUCCU